AUGAGCAUUCUUAAACUACCUCUCGAGAUUGUCUCUCUUCUUGUUGAGUUGCUCAACGUUGAAGAUGUGUUCAACUUGGCGCUGUCCUGCAAAUCAUUGACCUACAUUCUCUACGACAGACGAAUCUGUCGUCUUGCCCUCUUGAAGGCGCCGUAUUCCGCAGAGGCUCAGGAGGCGCAGUCUACCAAGGACUUUCCAAGGUCAUUCCGUAAGCUUGCUAAGCGGCGAAUAGCGGUCCAGGCAGCAGAGCCAUGGAUGGUUGCUAUAGUUGCCAUGGCGGAUCGUUUCAUCUAUACGAAUGGACACUUGUGCUACACUGUCAAUAGCGACCAUCUCCGUGUCCUCAGCACAAUCGACAAAAAGUUCACGUCUGAAAGGAUAGUCGAUGUUCCGCUACUUCUCAAGCUCGCAGUAAGAGACUUCGAUGGUCAAAGACCGCACACCUUUGAGCCCCUUUACUACGCCGAGGGCAUCUUAUCGUGUCUUGCCACUCAAGUUGUCCGAGAUUCCACCACGAGCAGUUGGCUUAUCAUCUUCGAGCUCAGAGAUUCUCCCACAUGGGUUGUCGUACAAAGGCCGUGUUCAAGACACCCGCUAUUUGUACGCAAUGACAAGAAUUACCUGUUCUGGGGUUCAAAAUCAACUGCCACACUAGAUGGCAGCUACAGAUGGGGAAUUCAUUGCCUCAAUCUCCAGACUCGCACGUGGGCUGAUUCGCAGCUGAUUCUAUGGGACCUUGACGGGGAGAGUAUAGGGUCCGACGUCUGCUUUGAAAUCAUCGACGGUCAAUUUUACUGUGUUUCGAACACGUUCAGAACAGAAGCCGAUGAUGGAAUGCGCAAUAACUUCUACCAAGUUGUGAGGUUCCCCGUGGACAAUGCGAUCUACGAGAAGUGCGAGAAGCCUCCGAUGCGCAACCUAUGGCGUCUUCAUGACUCAGAGGGCGCAGUAGACGAGCGUUGGACUUCAUUGCAGCUCACUAAAGACGAGAAAACAGGGAAUCUCUUCAUUGUCGAGACCCGAAAGGAGUGGUUCCCGGGAAAUGCAGGCAGCCAGAGGACGUGCUACAAAAAGGAGCUUGACUUUGCCAAACAAGAAGAAGCCCCUCAGUCAGAGCCUUCUCUGCCCUCUCCGCCAGAGUCAGCCGUGGAUAGCCUCGAAGAAGAUGAAUGGAGUAGCGAGAAUCAUUUUGAAGAACGAUCAAGUGAGACGAUCCACAUUGGUGACAGCCCAUCUAACGCCAAAGCAUACACCCUCCAAGAAUGCUUUGUGCGUUCAUACAACCCAUCGUGCGGUGCUUUCAUCGACCUUGUUUCUGAGGCUUACAGCCCUGACUCGAUGUUGCAGCUCAGAGUGCAGCCCAAGAAACAGAAACCGUCAGUCAACAUAUGGCCACGAGACCAAGAAACAUGCCACUACGAUAGUGACUUGGCUCAGCUCCAAGGCGUUGUCAACCCCGUCCAGCCUAUUCAGGGGAUCGAAUGGUCUAUGGAUGAGCGAAUAUUGGUAUAUUCACCAACUCAUAUGGCCUACGGACAAUUGAGGCCCAUCAUCCUCAUUUCGUUCGACCCAGAAUAUGUUCUUCAGGGGUUCCCGAAUUAUGCAGCCCAAGCUCAAGGUGUAAAUAGCCAUCUUGGCACCUCUGCCCGUUCGGAAACAAGUCGCGGACAGAAAGGCAUACUAUGGUCAUCAAACCAGGAUUUUGGUGAGUCUGCAUCGCCACAAAAGGAGGAUCCCAUCGCAUCUGCCAACUUUGUCAGAUCACGGCCCUCGCUUUACCAGAUGAUGAGUAUGGGCAACGGGAGUGCACAUGGUUUUGAUCUUUCAUAUCCAUGCCCUUGGCGAUGA